AAAUAAAAAUGUAGUAACCGGUGAGGCUUAACCGAUUCGAAUCUGUAAUUUAGCGUGACCAGCGCAGAUAGAGAUGUGAACCACACUUUCAGGUGACGACGACACUAUUCUUCUCGCAGAGGUGUUGCUGUGAUCAUCAUAUCAAUCAGCUCGGUCGUUUAUCAUCUUGUUUUAUUGGAAAUUUUGAAAUUUAAAGAAUUUUACACAAUUCAGAAUGUCGCUUCGGUUGAAUUUGGUGGGGGAGGUUGUGUCUUUGUUGGUGGUUGGGUGUGUCCUUUUAGCACAUUCUUUUCCGGAUGGAGCCCCUGGAGAAGCUUGUGUUCGUCAUAAACCAAAUCACGGAGGAAAGGCUCAGCCGAUGAGCCAAAUGCCAUUUACCAUAACGGCCAGCUCGUCGACGUACAAACCUGGAGAUACCGUUGCAGUUCGGAUCGAGGGCAAGUGGGGAAAGUAUUUUCGAGGAUUCUUCGUCCAAGCAAGUGAUGAACGUGGUCGUUGGGUCGGCAAGUUCGAGCCCACAGAUUUUUCCGUCAGUCAUCCCGAAUGUGCCGCAACCACACAUCACGAUAACUUGGAGAAAGAGGAGCUCACCCUGGUCUGGCACCCCCCAGAGAACGCCACCGGUACCGUCCGAUUCCUGGCAUCAAUCUUAAAAAGUUACAAGCUUUACUGGGUGGACGCCCCCGCUCUGACGCCGAAUAAGUCGAAAGCCAAUUUGCAAAAUUCCCAGGAACACAAGCCCGUUGAAGAAGUAGCGUCGUCAUCGCCAUCAUCAACUUCUGUAUAAAAAUGGAGUAUGUAAAAAUCAAAAUUUUGACUUUUAUUUUUUUAUAAUUUUUUUAUUCGUACAUUUCACAUUGCACAAUUGUGUAGUAUAUUGUAUAACAUUAUCAUAGUUAAAAGUAGGUCAUCAUCAUCAUCGUUCUCCUCUUAUUUAAGUAAUCGUAUAAUGAUAAUACAUAAUAAUAAAUUCAAGUAAUUUACAUAAUAAAUAUUAAUAUGAUUGUGUAACAACUAAUUGAAUAAUGGAUAACAAUUAUUAAUUAAUAAGCUUAAUUAGUUGAUGAUUAUUAUAUUUUUACGAUUGUAUAAUUUUAUGAUUCGAUCAUAAUAAUGAUGGUUUUUUGUUGGUUUGGUGGUAGCAAUAUAAAUUGUACUAUCCGACCUAUGAAUUUAAUAUGUGUGUAGCUUAUCUCUCCCUCUGCCCGUUCUUCUUCGAAUAUGUUCGCCUCACCUCGUAAAUAAUUAAUUAUGAUGAUGAUAUCGAUUUAAUUAAUUACAUACUUAAUUGUUACAUCACGAGCAAUUAAUUUUUACAAAUUAACAAAGUGUUCCUAUAUCUAUGCUAAAGUA